AGCAGAGCUGAGCUGCUCCAUCAUGUACGACUCGGAGCGUCACUGGAGCCUGUCGUUUGCAGGCUGCGGCUUCCUCGGCUUCUACCACGUCGGGGCCACGCUAUGUCUGAGCGAGCGCGCCCCGCACCUCCUCCGCGAUGCGCGCACUUUCUUCGGCUGCUCCGCCGGUGCACUGCACGCAGUCACCUUCGCGUGCAGUCUCCCUCUCGACCAUAUAAUGGAGAUCCUCAUGGACCUCGUGCGGAAAGCCAGAAGCCGUAACAUCAGCACCCUCCACCCGUUCUUCAACAUUAACAAGUGUGUCAGAGAUGGGCUCCAGGAGACCCUCCCAGACAACGUCCACCAGAUCAUUUCUGGCAAGGUUUACAUCUCACUCACCAGGGUGUCAGAUGGAGAGAACGUGCUGGUGUCUGAGUUCCAUUCCAAAGAUGAAGUGGUGGAUGCCCUGGUGUGCUCCUGCUUCAUCCCACUCUUCUCUGGCCUAAUCCCGCCUUCCUUCCGAGGCGAGAGGUACGUGGAUGGAGGAGUGAGCGACAACGUCCCUCUGCUGGAUGCCAAAACCACCAUCACAGUGUCCCCUUUCUAUGGUGAGCAUGACAUCUGCCCCAAGGUCAAGUCCACCAACUUCUUCUAUGUGAACAUCACCAACCUCAGUCUCCGCCUCUGCACUGGGAACCUCCAUCUUCUGACCAGAGCACUCUUCCCAUCUGAUGUGAAGGUGAUGGGAGAACUGUGCUUUCAAGGGUACCUGGAUGCCUUCCGGUUCCUGGAGGAGAACGGCAUCUGUAAUGGGCCACAGCGCAGCCUGAGUCUGUCCUCAGAGGAGAUGGUGCCAGAAGCCAAGACACCCUGCUUGAAAAAUGGCAACCUUGUGGGAAACAAGGUGCCGGUCAGCCUAUGUCUUACAGCUGUGCCGUCGGAUGAGAGCAUCUGGGAGAUGCUGUCCCCCAAUCUCAGCACAGCUCUGAGUGAAGCAAUUAAGGACAGGGGGGGCUUCCUGAGCAAAGUCUGCAACCUCCUGCCCAUCAGGAUCCUGUCCUACCUCAUGCUGCCCUGCACUCUGCCCGUGGAGUCGGCCAUUGCUGCAGUCCACAGGCUGGUGAUGUGGCUCCCUGAUGUCCAGGAUGAUAUCCAGUGGCUACAAUGGGCGACAUCCCAGGUUUGUGCCCGAGUGAGCAUGUGCCUUCUCUCCUCUACCAGAUCCAGAGUAUCCAAGACUGACCAUCGAACUCUCAAGCAUGGACCUCACCCGCCUCUCCACAAACCUCAGGGCAGCUCUGCUGGUUUGUAAAUUGCUCGUCUCCCAGCUUCCAAUGAACUUGGACAUUCUCCCUGUGCAUGGUCCAGGAGAGACCAAGGCUGAGGGCACCCCGCCUUCACCCCAAGUCCAGCUUGAGCUUUAU